CAGCUUCAUAACCUGUCGCUUACUUCUUGAAUCAACCAAACUUCCUCCCGAGGAAUUUCAACCCACAUCCUUUCAACCUUUUUCUCCAACUUCAUAUUCUCUCGGUUCAUCACGCGCCAAAACAGUAAUUUGACUGAUGGUCCAAAUUACAUUCAGCUUCCAGGCAUUCAGCUUUAAUGGCAUCUGCCAAACUGUGGCCUUAUCACUUUGUCCACUUAUUGGAAAGUACGACGGAAUAGAACCUGUCUGCUAUUCUCGUAAUGUCGAUCUCGCUGGCACUCUGAUUUUCCAGCCAGCUACCCUUAUUAUCGAUAUCGUCGCUAUUAUCAUGACGGCCAUUAUGAUUUAUCACAUCAAGUCAAAGUACACUGCUGUCGGUCGCAAGGAAAUCGUCAUGUUCUUCUACCUAUAUAUGAUUACUGUCUUUUUGGAGAUGCUUUUGGUCACUGGAAUUAUCCCCACCGCCUCUUCAGUCUAUCCUUGGUUCACAGCCGUUCAUGUUGGUUUAAUAAGUGCUACAUUCUGGUGCUUAUUGUUGAACGGCUUUGUUGGUUUUCAAUUUGCUGAGGAUGGUACGCCAUGGUCACUCUGGUCCAUUCGUAUCAGUUCCCUUGUUGUCUUCAUCCUCGUCGGUGCUAUCGCCAUCGCCACCUUUAAUGAUCAAAUCAUUUUGGUUGUUAAUACUUUGGAUGAUCGAUGGCCUUUGGGAGAUAUUCUUUUUGGAACCGCAUUUUUCAUCAUUGGCCAAGUCCUCAUGUAUAUCUUCUCGGUUGUCAUUUGCGACCAGGUCAAACAUUAUGUCGACGGCUUGUUCUUCGGUACCAUCUGCUCGCUGUUGGCUGUCAUGAUGGUAUACAAGUACUGGGAUUCCAUCACCAAGGAGGAUCUGGAAUUCUCAGUGGGUAGCAAGCAGAACGUUUGGGAAGUGAAGGAGCUUUUGGGCGAGGAUGAAUUGAGCCAAAACUACAACUCCCAAGAUAGAUUUGCUGCUCCCCCGCCCCCUCACCACCAACAACAGCAGCAACAUCAGUAUGGUCAGCAGUAUGGUCAAUUUGAAGGUGGCAAUGCCUACUAGAUUCCCCAUC